CCUGAACAGGAAAAGAACACUCAUCCAGAUCUUUCCCACCACGGUGGAAUGAGCCUGGACCUUGUGGAGAAGUUUGGACAAGUAUGACCAGUCACUCAUGGCAAAUAUCCAAUAUCUGAGGAAGAGGAAGACAGACUGGUGUCCCGGACCCAGACAAGAUAGGCCACCAUCAUGGGGGAGUGGUCCUUCCUAUCUGAUAUGUUGGACAAGGUCGAAUCUCAUUCGACUUUAUUGGGCAAGGUCUGGAUGAGCGUUCUUUUCAUCUUCAGGAUCUUCAUUCUUGCAGCUGGCGUGGAUAGAAUAUGGGGAGAUGAACAGUCAAACAUGGACUGCAACACCAAUAGCCCUGGCUGCAAGAAUGCUUGCUACGACGCGUCGUUCCCCAUAUCUCACACACGCUUCUGGGUCCUCCAGAUCCUCACUGUCUCAACACCGACUUUCAUCUACCUGGGUCAAGUCUUGCUUGUUAUUCGCAAAGAGAACAAGCUCAGAAGACACCUGCAGCAAAAAUGUGACUCAAAUCGGAUGAUCAAAACUCCCAAAUAUUCGGACGAACGUGGAAAGGUGCACCUCAAAGGUUUCCUGUUGGUUAGCUAUAUAUUGCAGCUUAUCUUCAAAAUACUGCUGGAAGUGGCCUUCAUUGUGGGCCAGUACUUCAUUUAUGGCUUCAUCCUCAUGCCUGACGUGAUCACAUUCAAAGGCGGGAGCUGUCGAACUGACACAAACUGCUACAUCAGUCGUCCGACGGAAAAAAAUGUGUUCAUCAUCUUUAUGUUGGCGAUGGGUGUCCUGUCUGUUUUACUCAACAUUGUGGAAAUAUUCCAACUGAUGGUAUCAAAGAUGAAACACAGGGAAAGGAAGAGACGGAGUGUUUCUUCUUCACAAAUAUACUCAAGUAAGAGUAACGACCUAAACAGAAUGACCCAACAAGUGAAUGAGGAAUUAGGCAAGCUACAAGAAGGGUUCAAUGGUGGGACAGUGAUUGCUGGGACGGUCCUUACUAAAGGACCUAGCGACGCCAGUCCCCCAGGUCAUGAGUCCACCACCAGAAUGGCGAUGCAACCUACUAUGAAGCUGCCCAACCUUGAGAUGAAUGGCACCUGGUCCUACAACAACCCCUACGCCAACGGCAACAGGCGGAUCUUCGUCUACUUUGACUCCCGUGCACCUUUGGAAGAACAUCUACAGCAGCUUCCACAACAAUGGCUGUAUGGAGCCUUAGAGGAUGAGGACGGCCCUAUUCUCGAGCCUGAAGGUGCUGGCCAGGUGCUUACGCGCUCUUCGAUCGAGAAGCAGAGCACCGUGCUCAUCGUGGUGGUCGUCAACCCCAACAUGGUUGCCGGGCUGAGGCUCCUUGCCAUGACCAAGGGCUAG